UUCCUCUCGAAUUUGAUUCUCAGGGGCUAGGAGGGGACAACCUAGAUCUAGAAUCUAAUAUGCCUCUAAGCAACGAUCUAUUUGCUACCGACUUCACAUCUGCGCCUAUCAAAGAUGUCAUCGAAACGCAGCGUUCUGAAAUACUACCAGCCCAACAAUGGGUCGAUACAUCGCUGAAUAUAGGGGCCGAAUGAAAUAUACAAACACCGUUGCUUGACGCCUCUUGGCGCAGAAAGUUGCUAAAUAAUCUGCCUUCCAUCAAGAUUGUGGCUACGAUGAUAAAAGAUGUUCAUAGGAGUAGCGUUAGUUCUACUUGCGGCUCCGUAUCGGGUCCUGUCACUUUCAAUCCAGUCUCGCGAUUCUUGGCCUGUGUAAACGAACCCGAUCCAACGAUCGGAAGCUCAAUAGCUAAAAAUAAACGGACCUCGUCCCCGACCCUCCCAUCAACAAUUAAGUAUCUUCUUUCGGCGCAAACUCUCAUAGAAGAUCAAUUCGGUCUACCGUCGAACGAAACCGCUGUUGAAGCCCGAUUUUGCGGUAGGCUAAUUAUGUCAAUAAUCAAUAGCUUCGCAGGCCCCGAGAUAUCGGCUACGGGUGCGCUAAGGUUUUUACUUGGAUAUCAAACAAUACAGUCGUCAAUGACUAUCGAGCUUUUCAAUCCUCAGUUGGACCCCGUGGCUAAAGCGUUCGCCGAGAAUAUUUUCCAAGCAGCAUUAGCAGCCGAUAACGUCGAAGUCGUCGGGUAUUUAAUUAAGCACAGCAGUUUCAUCGAUGUGAACGAAACUGUGUGCCACUUUGAUGGAAGGAGAUAUACGCCACUUCAGAGAGCUUCAAUAGCCCAAUCCCUUGGUGUAAUCAGGCUUCUCAUUCAUUUAAAGGCUGACGUCAAUAAAAUACACGGCUGGGGUGAUGCCCCUAAUGCACUGCUAUUACUAAUUAUUCAUCGUGAGGAUCGCCACUCAACAUUCAGUAAUGAUUUCUUGGCUACCGUUCAAAUCUUAUUAAAAGCCAAAGCAACUAUAUCGAUGUAUUCCUUUCCUAUGAUAUUUAUAUUUACAGAUCCAACUCUCGCAAUCUUAUUACUCGAGGAAUCAACUCCCGAAAUACUUCGAAAACUGAUUUCGGAUAGAACUCCUGGAAAGACUAUUAUAGAUUUCGGGGAACGGGAUGCGACGCAUAUGACCAAGCUUUUGAUGAGAAAAUGUCGAGAGUCAGGUAGCGAAGCGUAUUUGUAUGACUCUCACUUUGUCGUUGAAGCCUUACCUAAAGCUCUGCAACGUGAAUACGAAGAAGUGGUAGGGGCUCUACUCCCGUAUUCAUCGGCUGCAAAGACGGUUCUCGGGAGCGCGGAACUGGUAUGUAACCAAGGAAAAAUCGACUUGGUUCAGAGAAAUUCAGAUUUGGGCGAUGAAGCACUUAGAAAUUUUACGGCCAUUAUCCAGUCGAAAGGCCAAAAUCGCCCCCACUCCUCAGACGCAACCUGUGUCCUCAGUCAUCUAAGAGACGAGCGUAAACUCGGAUGCGCAUUCACUGCUGCUCUCCAGCAUGGGAGUCGAGAGUACGCAACCAAGGUAAUAAAAUUCGAUCCCGAUUUUGAUCUCACCGGUAGUUUCGAUUCCGACUUCCAUUAUUUUGAAGCAUGUGAGGCCAUGGACGCUGCUUUAGAUCAUGGGUUUGACGACAUUGCUUGGAAAAUAUUGAUCGCCGGGAUCACCUCAUUAAAUCCGCGAAAUCCGCGGGCUUUACUAUUAUACAUCGCACUGAAGCACAAGAAACCGGAUUUCGUGGCGGUCGUCCUAGAAUUCGGAUUCAAUGCCGAAGAUUUAGAUCAAGAAGAACACUCGGUAUUAGGCAUUGCUAUCGAAUGGGGCGAUGAGUCCAUAUUGAACGAAAUUUUGCGAGUCUGCUCCCGUAACGCCGAGCUGUAUGGCGCUGAUCCUUGGGAAUAUGCUCUUAGAUGGGCGACAAAGCACGAAGACAUAUCACUGCUAAUUAAACUAGUAAACCUGGGCGCUAGACCGGGCGAUGACCUUCUGAGCCACACUAUGGAACAUCACCAUUCUAUGGUCAAACCACUCCUGGAGCAAUACAUACGGGGUCAUCCACAAGAGCCGACUAUAUUCCAAAAGUCUAUUGAAUGGGCAAUUUUGAGCUACUCUGAGUUCCCCGAAUUUAUGGAUAUGUUGUUCGACUUUGGGUUGGUAACUGGAGAUGCCCUCCAGAGAAAGGGAAGACGAGGAACCCCACUUGACGUAGCAAUUCGGUGGUUUCAGGCUGUGAUGAAAACUCCCCCCAGUAUAUCCCUUAUUAAAAGAUUGUUUGACGCUGGUUAUGACCUCGAUUGGCGCGACUUCACUGGAACAACCGCAUUUUCGUACGCCAUCAACACGAAAAACCCAGAAAUAGUUCAACUUUUCAUUGACUACGGUGCCGAUAUCAACAAGCCAGCGAGCUUCGACAUAAGACGAACCCCUCUCCAAAAAGCCGCUGAGGUCAACAACCUUGACAUCGUCCGUUUAUUAUUGGAUAAGGGUGCUGAUGUAAAUGCGCCACCCGCGAGAUUCAAUGGAGCAACCGCACUGCAGUUUGCGGCCAUCAAUGGGAACCUCGAGAUGGCAACGUUGCUUUUAGAGCAAGGAGCCCAACUGGAUGGCGCCCCUGCUGAAGGAUUCCUCGGGCGCUCGCCUUUAGAGGGCGCGGCUGAAAACGGCCGCCUCGAUAUGAUAAAGUUUCUUUGGAACGCUAAUAGCGGUCCGUUCGACUAUAAACAAUGUCAAAGAGCUAUGCGACUCGCGGAACGCAAUGGAUACCUAGGCUGCAGGGACUAUAUCAAGCAGUUGAUGGCCGAGUCUUCGUCAAAUCCUAUUUCGGUUUGACCGUGAAAAGGAGAAAUGGGAGUUUGAGGUUGGUAAUUUUAUUAGAGGUACGUCCAGGGUGGAUUGACGGCGCAACUGAAUUUGGUAUCUCCUUCAAGUAUUACAUGGCGUACAUUUAGGAAGCUCUUUUUAUAAAUGCCUGGGAAAUCUAGUCUAUGGCCUUCUCUUAUGUUAGGGCUAGAGAAUAUGAAUCAUUCGACCAACUUGGAACGGAUCGUGGGUGACUUACGCGAACACUAGGCCUAAGCCCACCCUCUUUUACCCCUAUUGCCAAGCACCCCUCCAUA